AUGAGGAUGUGGCAGCAGUGGUUUUGGAAAAUGCUCCUCAAAAUGCUUCCUAUCAUUCCUGUGGGAUUCAAAAGCAGAUUCUUAGUAUUUUCUCUGAUAAGAUACAAAAAAUUCGUUCAUGAGGAGAUCAAUGAUGGGAAUUUUUGCAUUCUAGUUGAUGAAUCUGAAGACGAAUCGAAAAGAGAGCAAAUGGCAAUUGUUUUGAGAUUUCUUGAUAAAUAUGGUUUUAUAAAAGAGCGUUUCUUUGACAUAGUUCAUGUGUUAGAUACCACGCCGGCAACUUUGAAAGAAGAAAUUUGUAUUGUCCUUUCUCGUCAUAACCUUAGUGUGCAAAAUAUUCGUGGUCAAGGAUAUGAUGGUGCCAGUAACAUGUCUGGAGAAUGGACUGGGUUGCAGGCUUUAUUUUGUGCUGAGUGUCCAUUCGCAUAUUAUGUUCAUUGCUUUGCUCAUCGGCUCCAAUUGGCUUUAGUAAGAGCAUCUAAACUGGUUAUAUCUAUCAAUCAAUUUUUCUCUUACUUGACUCGAGCAAUUAAUAUGGUUGGCUUAUCUUGCAAAAGACAUGAUCAAUUAAGAGCUGCUCAGGCUACAGAUAUUGCUAAAAAGCUUGCCAUUGAUGAUGAAUUCGAGACCGGUAAAGGAAAAAAUCAGAUUGGAACAUUGAAACGGGUUGGAGAUACUCGAUGGGGUUCUCAUUUGGGUUCCAUUUGUAGUUUGAUAAACAUGUUCAGUGCUACUUGUGCAGUCCUAAGAAACAUAAUUAAUGAUGGAAGCAAAUCGAAUCUACGAGCUGAGGCAGAUGGAGUUUAUGAUUCCAUUACAUCUUUUGAGUUUGUCUUCAUCUUACAUCUUAUGAGAGAUAUCAUGGAGAUUACUAAUGAUCUUUGCCAAGCUUUGCAGAGUAAAUCUCAAGAUAUAUUAAAUGCAAUGCAUUUGGUGUUUACAACGAAGAUACUUAUUCAAAAAUUUAGAGAAGAUGGAUGGGUUCCAUUGUUGGAGAAAAUUAAAUUAUUUUCUAAUGAUCAUGGUAUACAGAUUCCUGAUAUGAGUUGUCCUUAUAAAGGAGGCCGAGGUCGGUCUCGUUCUGAAAGAGAUCAGCUCACCAUGGAACAUCAUUUUCGAGUUGAUAUUUUUAUGAUUACAGUUGAUUCCCAGUUACAAGAAUUAAACAAUAAGUUUAAGGAAGAUGUAAUGGAAUUGUUUGUUCUUAGCUCAGCUUUGGAUCCUAGGGAUGGUUAUAGAUCAUUCAACAUUGAGGAUAUUUGCAAACUUGCAAAUAAAUUUUAUCCCAUGGAUUUCUCCGAGCAAGAAAAAUUGCAUUUGAAGUAUCAGUUGGAAAACUAUAAGCUUGAUAUUUCCAUACUUCCCGAGUUUCAGAAACUGUCAACCAUUUCUGAGUUGUGUCAAAUGUUGGCAAAAACAAAAAAGUCGACAAGUUAUCCUCUUAUUGAUAGAUUGAUCCGUCUUGUGUUGACUUUACCUGUUUCAACUGCUACGUCGGAACGUGCAAUUUUAGCUAUGAAACUCGUUAAGUCUAAAUUGCGCAAUAGGAUGGAAGAUGGUUUUCUGACUAGUUACUUGAUUACGUACAUUGAACAAGACAUUGCUCGAGGGUUUGAUGUAGACUCUAUCAUCGAUGCUUUUGAUAUUAUGAAAGAGCAUUGA